AUGGAGGGAUUCCUCGACGUUGAGGCUUCCCGGGAUGUCGAGAGCGUCAAGCUCAACUCUCUCGUCCUCCUCAAGAUCAUGAAGCACAGCACCGACUCUCUCCCCGCUCCCCCUCCCAACACCUUCCAGCAGGACCGCAACCUGCCCCCUACGACGAACCUCUCGUCGCACCCCGACGCUCUCGGUGUUCUUCUCGGUCUUGACCUUGACGGUGUUAUGGAGGUUGAGGACAGCUUCACCCUCCCCGCUGGCGAGUCGAGCUUUGGACCAGCCAACUCUUACUCGACCCGCCUUCUGAACCACCUCGCCGAGGUUCAGACCCCCGACUCGCCCGUCGGUGUUUACCUCUCGACGCACAACGGCGGCUUCGUCACCCGCGGUGCCGUCGACCUGCUUGUUGCUGUCGAGAAGGCCGCUGGACGCGGCAAGGCUAUCCUCCUUAUCCACGACGCUGGCAAGGCCGCCACGUCUGGCGACCUCUCGCUCAAGGCCUUCCGGCUGUCUGACGGUGCUCGCGAGGCCGCCAAGGCUGGCAAGUGGGACUCUGCCGCCCUGAUGGAGAACAAGCUCACCGCCGCCACGAUGCUUACGAGCCUUCCCCUCGAGGUUGCCUCGACGCCGCUCGUCCAGGCCUUCCUCGCCACUCUCACGACGCCGGCCGAGCAGCCGAAGCCGUCGCUUUCUGGCUCGCAGGUCCCGCUCCCGCCCGCGUUCCAGCCCCUCGUCAACCCCCUCCCUCACUCCCUCCCCGAGUACCUCUCCAACACCCUCGACGCCGUCACGCUGCACAACCACGAGGCGAACAACCUCUCGUUCAUGCAGCGCCAGAUUGCCCGUGAGAAGGCCAACCACGAGCGCUCGAUCAAGGAGCGCGAGGACGAGAACGCCCGCAGGCGCAAGCUCGGCCAGCCCGAGCUCCCCAUCAUCUCGUCCGAGCUCCGUGGAGGAACCAAGGAGCCCUCGAGGCUCGAGAUGCUCUGUCUCCAGGGCCAGCUCGACGGCCUCACCAAGAGCAUGGGCGCGGAGGCCGGCAAGGGCCUCGUCAGGUGUUACCUUUAG